CGGGCGGCGGGGGCUCGCGGCGCGUUGAUAAGGGCCGCCCGUCGGCGGCGGCUGCCGUAGAGGCGCGGAGCGGCGGCGGGAAAGGAGGGGAGGGGGAAUAAACACCGGCAUCCCCCUUCCCCCCCCCGCCGCGCGCUGCCUCCUUUUUCUCCCCCGUACGUCGAGGGUCUUCAUUUCUUAUUCCAACUGGGUUUGGGGUUUUUUUAUAUUUCAAGUUUUUCCGCCCGGCGAUGAACGCGGGGGCCGCGCCGCCGCCCCCCGCCGCCCCCCGCGGCCGCCGUCGUCCCGCCUCCCCCGAGCUGCUGCGCUGCAAGCGCCGCCUGUCCCUGUCGGCCCUGGCGGGCAGCGGGGCGGCGGCCGCCGUGGCGCGCCGCAACGAGCGGGAGCGCAACCGCGUGCGGCUGGUGAACCUGGGCUUCGCCGCGCUCCGGCAGCACGUCCCGCACGGCGCCGCCAGCAAGAAGAUGAGCAAAGUGGAGACGUUGCGCUCCGCCGUCGAGUACAUCCGCGCCCUGCAGCGGCUGCUGGACGAGCACGACGCGGCCGCCGCCUUCCCCGACGGCUGCGGGGAGGGAGGCGGCGGCUACUGCUCCGCUUCGCCCUCCUUGGGCUCCUCGGCGCCCGGCUCGCCUUGCUCCUCCGAGGAGAGCGGCUACGACGCGGCGCUCAGCCCCGAGGAGCGGGAGCUGCUGGACUUCACGAGCUGGCUCGGGACCUACUGACCCGGCGGGAGGUGAGGGGCGGCCGGAGGGGACGGGACCGGGUGCCGCCUCCCCCUUCCCCCGGGGCGGCUCUUGGCGCGUCUCCCCGCAGCCCGCGGUGCCUCGGCUCCCUCGUUCGUUCUCCGCAGCCCGCGGUGCCUCGGCUCCCUCGUUCGUUCUCCGCAGCCCGCGGUGCCUCGGCUCCUUCAUCGCCGGCAGACGCUCCCCCCGGCUGCACUUCGCCGGGUACGCCCGUCGGAUUUGGGCUGUGGAAAGUGCGAGGGUGUAAAUGACUGUCGGGGCUCCCCUACCCGCUCCGGAGAAGCUUAUCCACCUGCAACCGCCGACGAAGAGGAGGCCCGAGCGACCCAGCUUCCCCACCGCUGCCUCCUGGUGUUGCUUUGGAGGGGUGGGGGGGAAAAAAAGGGAAAUUAAAACCACUUGAUGCUUCCUUGUUUCUGGAGAGCGGGGGUUUUUUAUCGUGUCAGAAUCUAUUUUAUAUGUAACUUGAACUGCCUGUGGGAACACUGGUGUAUGAAGACUUAUUUUUGUAUGAGAAACCUUAGAGAAAAGGGGUGAGGAGAUGGGUCUAUUUUUAGCAAGUCCUAUUCCCUUGUUCUUGAACACUGCCGGCUAGAAUGUUUUGGGAACGUACACAGUUUAGAUUAAAAAGUGGGUUGUUUUUGUCUCUCUGAACACUUUAGUAAAAGACUGUACAUCUAUGUUGUGUCUUAACGUGGUGUCCAAGUUUGCCUGGUGUGAAGGUCCACUUCUCUGAAAACUGAAGUUUUUUUUUUUUAAAAAAAAAAAGGAAAAAAAGAGGUAUUGAAGGCAUUUUUGUAUGCACUUGCUAGGAUUUCUUAAGUUGUACAUAUGCAGUUUUUAAGAGUAUCAUAUUUUAUGUAAAUUUACUUUAUAAAUAAAAAUCUAUUUAUA